AUGGCUGAACAAUCUGACACCGGUUGUAUCGCAUGCGGCUGGACAGUCGAAAAACAAACAAAAUGCCAUUAUUCCAGCCAUCUUAAACUCUUCUACGGCGCAUCUAAACGGGGAGUUUGGUCUAUCGGUUCUGAUGUGAUUUUGAAAGACCGCCCAGAUGAGGGUCCAAAGGCAAAAGUUGAAGUUAAAACCUUGAACUACCUGACAACCUAUACCGAUAUCCCAGUUCCAAAGGUCCUGCGUGACUGGGUUGAUAAAGACAAUCGAUAUUUUGUUAUGACCGAGCGUAUACAUGGCCAAACGCUCGAGGAGGCAUGGCCUUCGUUGUCAGAAUCCCAAAAGAUAGCUAUCGCGGAUCAAGUCGUUCAAAUCCGUAAACGGCUUCGAUCCGUCACAUCGACCUCUAUUGAAUGUGUCGAUAAUGGCCCGAGCUAUCCAGACUUACCAUUCAGUGACUUAGAACCCCGUGGGCCGUUUCACUCCGACCAAGAACUUUGGGAUGCCCUUAGCCUGAAGCUUCACUGUGUACCCUCAAAAGUGUUAGAAAACUUGAAAAAGCGCCUUCCGAAAUGCGAGCCCUAUGUCCUCACCCACUGUGAUCUCAAUUUGGGCAACGUUAUGGUCCAAGAUGGGAAAGUUAUCAGUAUACUUGACUGGGAGUACGCUGCCUAUUUUCCUGUCUGGUAUGAAUACGUCUCGGCCUCUUUCGGAUUUACAGAAAUGGACGUCGAAUGGAAGAUGUUACUACAAGAACGCUUGGGCAUACAUGACGAGGCAUAUGAAGAUGCCAAGGCGUUUUGGACAGAUUUGCGUAACCUAAGACAAUAUCCGGAUUUGGAUGAGAAAGGCCGGGAAGUCUUGGAGAGGCUAUCUUAA